AUGGCCGACGGCGAGCAAGAUUUCUCCUCCUUGCCGCUACAGGACCGGUUCGCUCAUAAGAACUGGAAAGUCCGCAAGGAGGGUUACGAAGACGCCAAAGCCCAAUUCGAAAAGACGCCCGAUGAAUCAGACCCCGUGUUUGCGCCAUUCCUGCAAGACCCCAGUUUGUGGAAAGGGGCAGUCGCAGAUUCCAACGUUGCGGCGCAGAUUGAGGGCUUGGGAGCAUACUGUUCUUUCUUGAAAUUCGGAGGCGUGCAAGCAUGCGCAAGGACUCGGGGGUACACUGUCGGGCCGAUCGCGGAAAAGGGUCUCCCGUGUGCCAGACCGGCUGGUAAAGCCAGCGCUCAGGAGGCCCUCUUAUUAUGCGUCGAAUUGGACAAAGCCGAUCCGGUCCUCGAAGAGCUCCUACCUACACUAUCACACAAAGUCCCUAAAGUCGUUGCGGGCGCACUCGCAGCGUUGACCGCCAUCUACCAUAACUACGGAUGCAAGAUUGUGGACCCGAAGCCGACUUUAAAGGUACUGCCGAAGGUAUUUGGCCACGCGGAUAAGAAUGUCCGUGCCGAAGCACAGAACUUGACCGUGGAGUUGUAUCGGUGGCUGCGUGAAGCCAUCAAGCCUCUUUUCUGGGCCGAUCUGAAGCCGGUCCAGCAGGGUGAUUUGGAGAAGCUUUUUGAGGGAGUCAAACAAGAGCCUCCGGCGAAACAAGAACGAUACACUCGAGCCCAACAAGAUGCUAUGGCCACGGCUAGCGCAGCUCCCGGAGGCGGGGACGGAGCCGAUGAGGAAGCUGGUGAAGAAUUCGUCGAAGAAGAGGCGGAAGUCGAUGUUUUCGAUCUUGCAGAGCCCAUUGACGUUUUCCCCAAAAUCCCCAAGGAUCUUCAUGACCAACUCGCUUCGUCAAAAUGGAAGGACCGCAAGGAAGCCCUGGAUGCUCUCUAUAAUGUGAUCAACGUGCCUCGGAUCAAGGAUGGACCCUAUGAUGAAAUUAUGAGGGCCUUGGCCAAGUGCAUGAAGGAUGCCAAUGUUGCUGUCGUGGCAGUGGCAGCCAACUGUGUUGACGUUCUGGCCAGAGGCAUGCGCAAUGGGUUCGUGAAAUACCGAUCCGUCAUUAUGGUACCGAUGCUGGAGCGCCUGAAGGAGAAGAAGCAGACUGUGGCAGACGCGCUAGGACAAGCAUUGGAUGGCGUGUUCUCGUCAACAGACCUCUCUGACUGUCUGGAAGACAUCCUGGAAUACCUCAAGCACAAAAACCCGCAAGUGAAGCAGGAGACGCUCAAGUUCUUGAUCCGUUGCCUCCGCUCCACCCGAGUUGUACCAGCCAAGCCGGAGAUCAAGUCAAUCGCUGACGCAGGUACGAAGCUUUUGACCGAGUCGACUGAAGUUGUUCGAUCCGGUGGUGCCGAGGUUUUGGGUACACUGAUGAAGAUCUUGGGCGAGAGGGCUAUGAACCCGUACCUUGAUGGAUUGGACGAAAUUCGAAAGACCAAGAUCAAGGAAUACUUCGAAACUGCGGAAGUGAAGGCUAAGGAACGCCCUAAGCCGAUUGCACCUCCUCCCAAGGCUGCUGCUCCCGCUGCCAGGAAGACUGUUCCAGGCAAAAAGCCAGCUAUGGGACUCAAGAAACCGGCUCCUGCUGCACCCCCGGCCGAGGGUCAUCCUGCCAAGCCAGCUACUAGGGGAAUUCCUUCCAAGCUCGGCGGUAUUUCAAAGCCUGGCAGUGGCCUGGCGCCUCCUGGGGCUGGUCUCAAGCUCCAGCGCAAGCUCGGCGGUCCAGGUGGUCUGGCUUCGCCGCAACGUCGAGCCGCCCCUCCACCUGCGGAAGAUGAUGCUCCUCCCCCAGCCGCCCCCAAAUUCGGCCUCGGUCGCGGUCUUGCUGGCCGACCGAUCGCGAAGCCAUCAGCGCCCGAGGCCGCCCCGGCUCCAGCCCCAGCCCCCGCAGGAAUGACCGCCGCGGAACGAGCAAAAAUGGAAGAGCUGCGGAUGGAGAAGGAGAGGUUCGCCCGCAUCAUCGAAGAUAUGAAGUCAGAUCGCUCCAAGAUCAACUCCCAAAUUACCGAGCUACAGAACCAGAAUGCCCAGUUGAUUGAGGAUCACACGAGAGAUGUGUUGAGCAUCAAGGCGAAGGAGACUCAACUUGUCCGCGCACGGAGUGAUGCCGAGGCCGCAGAGGCAAACGUCCAGAAGCAGCAGAGAGAGAUUGAACGGUUGAAGCGUGAGUUGUCUCGAGCCCUCCGCGCAUCUGCUCUGAGCCCAACCACCGCUGGCUCCGACGCCGGCAGCAUGGGCAUGCCAGAUGUCAACCCCACGUACCAAGAACCUGCCAGCAAUGGACACGAUGCAGCAGCCCGUUCCGGCCUUCACAUGGGUUCUCGUUUCGAGAGUUCACGGCCCCGAAGCUACGCCUCUGCCAACCACAGCGAGGAUGGAGAAAACGGUGGCCUAGAGUCACCGGGUUUCAGCAGCCGAGAGGGUGGCUUGGGUCGGCGCAAGCUGAGCCCGACAUAUGGUCUUUCUGGAAUCGCCAGCCCGACUCGGUCGUCUGCUCGGGCGUCAGCCACUGCCACAGACGACGAGGCGCAGCCCCGGUCUGCAGAGCCUGCUGAGAACUGGAAGCGCGCUGCUGAAGUCACAAGCCAGCUUAAGGCAAGAAUUGAACAAAUGAAGGCAAGACAAGGACUUUCACGACCCACUGGGACUCAACGUUAA